CAAAGAGAGAAGGUUGACUCAAGACUCACGACUGACUGGCUCGAUGCAUCACCAAGCACUCGCGACUCGUGCGCACUACACUCGCACACACACACGCACGCACACACACCCACCCACACACCCACACCCACCCACACACACCCACACACACCCACACACACACCCACACACACACGCCAGCGCCCCGCAAGGAUGCCGACAGUCACGCUGGACAAGGCAGACUUCUUUGCGGCACUGGGCAAAGAGUACACGACAAAGGCAUUCGACGAGCUGUGCUUUCAAUUCGGCAUCGAGUUGGAUGAAGAUACAACGCAAGAGGUUGCGGGGACAAACGAGAGGCCGCAGUUGAAGAUCGACAUUCCAGCCAAUCGGUAUGAUUUGCUGUGUCUAGAGGGCAUCUCGCGCGCAUUGCGAGUGUUCUUGGGCGAGCAGGAGCAGCCUUUGCUGAGAGCCAUUGCACCCGCCAAUGUCAUCCAGCUGCACGUCAAGGAUAGCGUCAAGGCCAUCCGACCCUUUGUGUCCGGUGCGGUGCUGCGAGGCGUGCGCUUCACUCCUCAAAACUAUGCCAGCUUCAUCGACUUGCAGGACAAGCUGCAUCAGAAUCUGGGCAGACGCAGGACGCUGCUGUCCAUGGGCACGCACGAUCUGGACACCAUCUCUGGCCCCUUCACCUACGAAGGCUUGCCACCCAGCGACAUUUCCUUUGCGCCGCUCAACAGACCGGGUCAAGUGAUGGAUGGGCCGUUGCUGAUGAAGACGCUCGAGGCGGAUCGUCACCUCAAGCCCUACCUCUCCAUCAUCGCGGACAAGCCGCGCUACCCGGUCAUCCUCGACAGCAAUCGUACCGUCUGCUCCCUUCCCCCCAUCAUCAACUCUGAGCACUCCAAAAUCACCCUCAACACUCGCAACGUCUUUAUCGACAUGACAGCCACUGAUCAGACAAAGAUGGCCUUUGCUCUCAACAUUCUCGUCGCCAUGUUUGCAGAGUACACCGAGGAGCCUUUCGUCAUCGAACCCAUCGCAGUCAUCUCGGCAGACGGAUCGCGCACAUUGACGCCCGACUUGUCAUCGCGAUCGACGACUGUUCGCGCGUCCUACAUCAACAGCUGCACCGGUCUAGCGCUCUCUUCCGACGAGAUCGUGGCGCUGCUUGCACGCAUGGGACACUCUGCGCGCGUCUCCAACGAUGCCAAUGUAGUAGAGGUGGCAGUGCCAUGCACCAGGCCGGACAUUAUGCACGAGUGCGACUUGAUGGAGGACGUGGCCGUGGCGUAUGGCUUUGACAACCUGCCACGACGCUUUCCCAAGACCAACACCGUCGCGCAGCCGCUGCCCAUCAACAAGCUCAGCGAUCUGGUCAGACGGGAAUGCGCAUAUGCAGGGUGGAUCGAAGUGCUUCCUUUGAUCUUGUGCUCCCACGACGAAAACUUUGCCAAUCUGCGACGCAGCGAUGAUGGAAGCACGGCGGUAGUCUUGGAAAAUCCAAAGACUGCCGAGUACCAAGUCAUUCGCACUUCGCUCUUGCCAGGCAUUCUCAAGACGCUGCGAGAGAAUCGAGCGCACGCUCUUCCUCUGCGCGUCUUUGAAGUGUCGGACAUUGCGGUCAAGGAUGCGCAUGACCGCGAUCCUCAACGCGGCGCGAUCAACAAGCGGCACGUCUCUGCGGUAUACGAGGAUAAAAAAGCUGCUUUUGAGGUGGUGCAUGGACUGUUGGAUCUGGUCAUGCGCAAGCUGCAAGUAUCGCGAGGUCGAGCGCGAGGCAACUACUACAUCGAGGAAGCCGACGAUUCCACCUUUUUGCCUGGAAGAGGAGCGGCAAUCUUUUACAUUCCCAGCAAAGAUUCGCGCGAUCAGGACCCUGCUGCGGUGGAGCUACCUUCGACAGCACCACCAGCGUCCGAAGCGAACCCCUCCAUCCCGCUUCCUCAACAGGGCAAAGAAGCACCACCUCCUUCUGCGCUUGCAAAAGCCGCACAAGCCGUUUCGUCUGCCGUCACUCCGAUCAAGGCGAAGGCGAUUCGGAUCGGUUCCCUCGGGGUGGUGCAUCCGCUCGUCCUCAAAGCCUUUGGUGUGGAUUACCCUUGCUCAGCCAUCGAGUUCGAGCUCGAGCACUUUUUGUAGGUGCGUGCGUGCGCGUGCGCGCAACGACUUGGCACUUGUGGACGCGCGCAAUAACAUGUCACGUCACUUGUAGACGGGCGCAAUGUCAUCGCAUCGAUGCGAGCGGAACAAUACAGGCUGGGGAUAUCGUGUGCAUCUACGCCCCACGAAUGCG